CAAUGACCAGGCUGAUGAUAUCAACGACGUCUUGUCGCCCUUCUGGACCGAAAAGGAAGCCAACAGUUUUCUUGAGAGGUCACCGAGGAAGAAGCGGACGUUACACGAGGAAUGUUAUGGAGAAGGCUGUGUCUAUGAAGAAGUCCGUGAGGUCUUUUGGAACACCGAAAAAUCGCAAGAAUACCUGUCUACAAUGGCGUGUCAAUAUUGGGGAUGUACCGCUGGUUACCUGUGUGUCAGGGCGGACGCAGGGACGUCUGGGAGCGGCGCACACUGGAGGGUGUGUAACGAUAUCAACGAGUGUUUAACGAACAAUGGAGGGUGUCAGCACAGGUGUAGCAACAAUGCAGGUAGCUACACCUGCAGCUGUAACACCGGCUACAGCCUGUCCGGACAACACUCCUGCACAGAUAUAAACGAGUGCAGGUCUGGUAACGGGGGAUGUGACCACACGUGUUCCAACACGGCAGGUAGCUACAUCUGCAGCUGUAACACCGGGUACUACCUGUCUGGUCAGCACAGCUGUGUAGCCUGUGACAGUAUCGCGGACUGCGAAGUGCUAGAGUGUACAGGACCAGGUGAUUCCACGUGCACCACGUGUCAGUACGACCGGGGAGGGGACGCCAUGGGCUACCGGCUGGCUGCCGACGGCAAGUCCUGUACUCGGACAACGGCGAUUCUGAACGGCUCUUUGGCGUGUCAGUCAUAUGAGGAUGGUGGCUCAAGUCACGUGGUCAGUCAGGACAGCCCCGCCCUGUCAACUCACAACUGCACCAGAAGACACGUGAUCUCUGUUACACCUCAACACGGGGACAGGCUGUAUUUUACGGCCAAGUCGAGAAAUGGCGGGUACGUGAAGAUGAGGAACUAUGACGGUCUAUCGAGCUACACCGUGAACCCGUCCGUGUACUACUCCGGCCUGGAGGUCUCCCGUACCGCCCACUUCACCUUCGACUUCACCCCACCGUACCACUGCUCUGUAGAGGGGAACUGUACGGACAACAUGCUCGACAGGGGGCCGGCUGUAACCAGAAAUGGCACGAUUCGCCUCCGCUGGUCCGGUUGGCAUGACGACGACUCCGGUAUCCGGACGUACACGUACGACAUCGUCCGGCUGCGGCCGUGCGGAGAUGGGCUGGGGAUGCCGGGCCAGGAGCGGGAGUGCCAACAGGAGAGCGCGGUACGUCCCAACCGGACUGCCGGGCCGUGUGUGCUCGGUCUAAACGGUACCGAGAACGGGACAAGUGAGGCGGGUCUGAAUGGGACGAGAGAAGGUAACAUCACGUGGGGAAACUGCACCGACGUGGGAGGCAAUGACACAGCAAUAAACGGCACCGGCACUGAGAACGCUACCACUAGUACACCGAUAAAUGGCACUGCCAGGGAGAACGCUACCACUAGCACACCGCAGGUAAACAGGAGGCGCAUCAGAGAGGCCGGAGUAGCGAACGGAAACAGUACAGCAAACAUCACAACACAGGGAGAGAACACCAACACUACCUCAGGGUCGACUAAUGGAACGGACAUGAGCGUUGGUCGCAAUUCGACGGGCACAAAUUCGUCUGUGGACGGACGGAACGUCACAAAUAGCGGGAACGUCACUGACGUAGACGGCGACGUAGUGUAUCCACUCAACGGAAGUGUUGGAGCCGACACCGAACAGGUGGACGUCACCAUUACCGAACCAGGUGUGUACUCGGUGACACUGACUGUGGAGGACAGUACAGGUCCCGGUGUUGGGAACGUCAUCACGGCGCAAAGGUUUCUGAUUUUCGACGACAACAGCACGGUGGAGAUAGACACAUCCGGGACCUUCCCCCUCCUCGUGACGUCAGCAGCAAACGACACAGGCUGGCUGUGGCAAACCAACUUACACGACGGUAGCAACAAUGACACAAAGCUCCAGUUGACAUGGGCCGGGCACUUCUUCAACAAGCUACACCGUGACAACAACUUCCUCGGCGCCAUAGUGGCACAUCCAAGUAACAUCUCAACUGACUAUGAGGAAACAUCUGGCCAACCCCCGAUGACCAGGUCACGUGAGGCGAUCCCAAACGUCCAUGGGAUCGUGUUGUUCCAGACGGCCUGGGGCGGGGAUCAGCAGGGAGGGCGGAGUCUGACCCGGCCGGCCGGGGGCUGGGAAAACGUCAUGGUAACGAUUGUAGAAAAACAAGAUUUUGAGAUUUCACGUGAAGACGGCGACACAGUUCGCUUUUGGGUUCGCGCCAUUGACGUCAUGGGUGACGUGGCCGAAGAUGACGUCACCAUUCACGUUGACUCGACUCCGCCUGUUUUGGGAAACGUCACAUUUGCAGUGAACUGGACUGACAAGAUAGACUUCCUCAAAGUUCACGUUCAAGCACACGAUCUUCAUAGUGGAGUUUUCGAUGUGCACUGGACGCUGCAGGACACCACCAGACCUCUUCUUAUACAUGGAGAAGGACGGAUGGUGUUUCAAACCGCAGAAGAGUGCGAAGAAUCACGGUGUUACUGCAUUCCCAAGGACAGCGACUGUUUCUUCUGGAAUUACACCAUCGACAUUAACGUCAGGGAGAUGAACCUGUCGGUCGGCUUACUCGCCGAUGAAGCGUACAACGUCACACUGACUGUGACCAACAACGCCAUGCUGCGGACCACAGAUGAACGGCAGGUAAUUGUGGACAAACUACCUGGGGAUAAAGGUUACUGGUUACUGAUAGCCGGUGGGUCAUCAGUGGUUGGAGUACUGGUCCUGGUCAUUGUAUGUCUGCUGGUGGCCAAAGGGGUGUUCAGACAGAAAGUGGCUCCUACUACAGCACCUAGCAUACCACAGAUACAGCCCAUGGAGAAGUUGUGCAACCCAAGUAAAGUCAUCCUUCCAUUUGUGGACCCAACAGACAUUAAGACCACAACGUUGUGAACAUGUUACAAAUUCCUCUACAGUAUAGUAUUAAAAAUUUGCAGCCAAUAUCACUAGACCUGCGGGAAUUAACAGUAAGUCUAAAACUUGCAAGUCUUUAAUCCUUGUGUUGGAAUAAAGUUUAGCAUCAUACUAUAUAAUAAGUUUGUAUAAUUAUGUAUUUCUGAAGAUUAACCAGGUGAAGAGAUUGUGGCUAUUCAUAUACAUAUCAAGGAAAUUGUAAAUAAUGUAAAAGGUUUUGACUUAAAAUUGCUACUUGUAAAUGCACCAAUCUACCUCUGGAUUUCUUCUGAGUAAUUAAUUAUCUUCCACAAACUAGUCAGAAAGUAUAUAAAAGAUUGACUACGUUUUUGUAUGAAUUGAAAAUGUCAAAAGAACAAUGAUUGUGCAGUGUCUACAUAUAUGUAUAUGUAUGCAGGAAUUGUAUGCUCAAAUAGAAGGGAGGAUGGAAGAUACAUUGUACUUAUUUUGGGAGGGGGGGUAGAGAAGAACUGGGUGAGUGAAUUGCAUGAACAUUCUUGUUAAACAUUCAAAUGCCUUGUUCCUGUGUAUAAGCAGGGAAUUUUGUUCUCAACAUAGAGCAACGGAUCAAAAAUAGACAGAGACCUUUAGAAAGCAAGUCAUUGAAUCAAACUCUAUUUACAAACUCUUCGAAAGCAGAAAACAAAAAUUCACAAUUUUGUUUCAUAUAAAGUCGACCCUCACAUCAACAAAUAUAAUGCUUUGACCUGCACUAGCAAACACACACAAAACACCCUUUCCUCUGAUAUGCUGCCAGUUUACAAGCCAAACUAAAACCAGCAGAGAUUACAUUACAUUUGACAAAGAGCAGUCAACCACAUUAAAAGUUCAUUUCUCAAGACAAGACUGAAGACAUUUCUCAUAGAAACAUUAUUGGAAACUGGACGCACUUCUGAAUAUGACAGUAUUGUCUAGAAACCUAUUUGACAGUGAUUCUUGCCAUUGUAGUACAGUUGAGGGAAAUGGCACAUUAAUCUACAUACAUGGUCAACUUCAUGUAUCAACAUGGCACAUACAGAUUGCUGAGCCAUUGGCUACAAAAUUUGCAUUGUCUAACAGGCUAGCAGUAAAAUGUGUCACGUUCUGAAUAAUCAUUGUGAUUUCUGGCAUAUUGUAAUUAAUUUUCUACUUAAUGCUGGAAACCGUGUUCACAUUACUGAAGGUAUGUGAGUUUGUUGACAUCUUGAAUUGAAUGGGUCAACUGUUUGGUCCAAGACUUUGUCAUUGGUCUUAUUGAGUAACUGCUUUUUAAUUACAGUGUACUAAGAAAACAAGCAACACACCAUUGACAGUAUAAUAAUGACACACUGUAAAUCUACAGUUGGUAAAGGGAACUACAUCAUCGUAGAGAUGUUGUUAAAACCGAAAACACAUUAAUCAAUAUAUAAGAAGUUGUCAUCCUGAAUUUGUAUCCUGAUGAGCAAUUUGUGUGAUAAAAAGUAUGUACCAACAAGCAAGAUAC